GAAAGGGGUGGGGUUAAGGGGGGCGGGCCUGGACGUGGGGAGUGAAAGCGAAAGCCCAGGCGGGGAACCGGGAGACCGAAGAUCUAGCAACUGGAGCAGCAUGGCCAAGCCUUGUGGGGUACGCCCGAGCGGGGAAGCCCGCAAACAGGUGGAUGUCUUCCGGCAAAAUCUUUUCCAGGAGGCUGAAGAAUUCCUCUACAGAUUCUUGCCACAGAAAAUCAUUUACCUGAGCCAGCUCUUGCAGGAGGACUCCCUCAAUGUGGCUGACCUGACCUCUCUCCGGGCCCCACUGGACAUCCCUAUUCCAGACCCCCCACCCAAGGAUGAUGAGAUGGAAACAGAUAAGCAGGAGAAGAAAGAAGUCCCUAAAUGCGGCUUUCUUCCUGGGAAUGAGAAGGUCCUGGCCCUACUUGCCCUGAUUAAGCCAGAAGUCUGGACUCUCAAAGAAAAAUGCAUUCUGGUGAUCACAUGGAUCCAGCACCUGAUCCCCAAGAUUGAGGAUGGAAAUGACUUUGGGGUGGCAAUCCAGGAGAAGGUGCUGGAGAGGGUGAAUGCAGUCAAGACCAAAGUAGAAGCUUUCCAGACAACAAUUUCCAAGUACUUCUCAGAACGCGGGGAUGCUGUGGCCAAGGCCUCUAAGGAGACCCAUGUAAUGGAUUACCGAGCCCUAGUGCAUGAGCGAGAUGAGGCAGCCUAUGGGGAGCUGAGGGCCAUGGUGUUGGACCUGAGGGCCUUCUAUGCUGAGCUUUAUCAUAUCAUCAGCAACAACAUGGAGAAAAUUAUCAACCCAAAGGGUGAAGAGAAGCCAUCUAUGUACUGAGCCCAGGGCUAGCAGGGAAAUAAAUGACCUAUAUUAUAUGUGGA